AGUACUUUUUGCUCUUUAUCGAGACCGGUUUCAAUUGUUACGAAACGCGUAGUAAAGGUCUCKUAAGUUUCCUGUGUUCUUUCAACAAAAAAAAAAUACAACCGCGUUGACACUAAAGUAUGGAGAGAAACAAACAGCACGAUUCCGAAAAGAUGAAGAUGGAAGAAAAACGAACCAUAAAUGCAGUGUUCAUCGGUCAUGCCAAUGUCGGUAGGUGUGGGCUAAAUGAUUCAUUGGCAGGAUGAUGCUUUGUAUGAUAUCUUUUCCAAUCCCAAUGCUCAAUGCUGUAAUUGUUGUCGUACAAUCUACAAGGAAAAAGUACAAUAUUUGGUCAUUUGAUUCGAGAAUGUGGAGGAACAGACAAUGCAUCGAUUGAAAAGUGCGAAAAUGAUGCCGAAGAAAAGGGUGAGGGAUCUAUGAAAUAUACUUGGCUCCUCGACCAAAGUGCGGCCGAAAGAGAACGCGGAACCAUGAUAAGCGGCAACCUCCGAAGACUCGAAUCUACCAAGUAUCAUAUAAAUUUGAUUGACACACCGGGUCACUGCGAUUUCAUUGAAAACACGACAACGAGGAUAUCACAAGCAGACGUUGCACUUUUAUGUAUAGAUUCGUCGACAAGUGGCUAUGGAAGAGGAAUGGAUGAAAAUGGACAAACACGGCAGCACCCCUUGUUAGCCUACGCAUUAGGAGUGAAACAGAUGAUUGUUAUMGUGAAUAAAAUGGAUGRUGAUUCUGUCAAUUUUUCGGAAGACCGCUGGAAAAYAAUCCGGACUGAAGUUUCUAACUACCUCAGGAUAGUUGGUUAUAGGCCGAUGAAAAUUCCUUUCAUUCCCAUAUCCGGCUGGCUCGGCGACAAUCUUAUCUCGAAGUCGAUUYACAUGCCAUGGUACGAUGGACCAACCUUAUUGGAAGCUCUUGAGGAUGUCAAUGUUCCAAACAGAUUUUCGACCAAACCUCUGCGAGUCCCUAUUCAAGAUAUACAAAAUGCUGGASCAUCUGGAACCGUUCUAAUUGGGCGUGUCGAAACUGGUGAGCUGAGGCCUGAGAUGGAKGUUCAAUUCGCCCCAUCUGGAAUAAUUGGCACCGUUCAGUCGUUAGAAGUAGAAUGCCGGGAAGUUAGUGAGGCCAUCGGAGGUGACAUUGUUACUAUCAACAUGCAAGACAAAUCAAAACUUUCGAAACAUCUUUGCCGUGGGCACAUAUUGUCGGACUCGAGUAAUCAUCCUGCCCAAGGUGUUUCUAGCUUCCAGGCACAGUUAAUUAUUAUGAAGAAUUAUCAAGGAGAAAUUUCAAUAGGAUACACACCCAUCAUCGAUGUCCAUACAUCUCACACGCCAUGCAAAUUCGUCGACAUCAAAACGAAGAUGAAUUCGCGAACCGGACAAGUUGUGGAAAAAAAUCCCAGAAGUUUAAAAGCAGGAGAUGCUUGUAUUGCGGAAUUACAACCACAGACACCUCUAUGCGUCGAAGAAUUUAAAAAGUUUCCCCCUCUGGGGAGGUUUCUUGUCCGUGGAGAUUCUGGACAAACUGUCGCAUUCGGAGUUGUCAAGUCGGUAAUUUAUUGAAGACGACAAGAUUAUAAGAAGCCAGGUACAUAAAAAAUUUCCAUUUGUUUCAACGGAUAAAAGGGUACACGUAUA